AUGCUACGAGGCUCGCGAAUAGCUUCCCGUUGCGCCAUUGGACCCUUGCCAGGAUACUCAGCUGUAUCUUUGCCUAUAAAAUGUAUCUCCACGCGAACGUAUAAGACAUCAUCGAAUGCGAGAGAUUCAAAAGCUUCUUCCAAGGAAGCUACUAAACAAUCCUCAGGGGAACCUUCCAAGAAAGACAUUAAGAAACCCGCAGGAAAAACUUCCGAGGAAUUUGUUCAGAAAAGUUCGACGGAAACGGUUAAGAAACAUUCGCAAGAGUCUCCCAAUGAAGCUGGAGAGAGCGCAGGGACAAAGAAGAAAGGAUUCGGUUUUACAAAGAUCGCGUUGGCAGUUACUGUAUUAAGUACUACCGCUUAUGGAGGAGCAGUGUACUAUUCUCUGCGCGACGAUAAAUUUCGCAGACAUUUUACAAACAGUAUACCUGGGGCGGAUCGUACUGUCAGUUAUGUAGAAAAAUUAGAGAAAGAAGGAGAUUGGAGUAAAUUAGGUAAUGACGUGGUACAGUAUAGUAAAGAAAAGUAUAAUGACUUUAUUAGCAAGGUUACCGGUCAGAGUUCUCCUGUCAUAAAGAAGGAUACAAGCGAAGAUCGAAAGCCGGCUCCUCAAACGGACCAGAAAGUUUCUUUUAUGGAACCUAUUAUUGAGCAUUUAUCCAGAACCAUCAGCGAACUCGCUGAUAUAUUAAGUAAUGAGGGGCUCAGCGAAGCAGGGGGUCACAUUAUAUCUAGAGCAAGAGAGGAAUUGAAGACACUCGAUGAGAACAUUAAGCGGAUCAAACUCGAUGGACAAACUUUGUUACAGAUACAGUUGAGCGAUCAAACUGAAAAGUUCAAUAAAUUAUUAGAAUCCAAUGAGAAAGCAAUGAGUGAUUAUAUCCAGGACAUGGAACUUCGUAUAAAGGAUCAGUACGAAAAGGAAAAGAUUCAAAUACAAACAGAGGCUCAGAAAGUUUUGACGACACAAUUGUCUCAGCAAGCAAUUAAACAUAUUGAACAACUUAAAGAUGAACUUGUGAGACAAGCAGCUGAACUACAACGUCGAUGGAUUCGUAGUGUUAGAGCGCAAGUUGAGAAGGAACGAGGGGGACGCCUAGCACGUCUUGAUUACGUUACCCUUCGAUUGAAAACCCUCGAGAGACUAGCAGUGGAUAAUGUGGAGCAUCUGGACCAUAGCCUUAAGGGUCAUAAGCUAUCCGUUGCAGUUUAUGCUCUUCAGCAGGCAAUAAUGCAACCUCAGCGUACUCCAUUUAUCGAUGAGUUAUAUACUCUGAAAAAGGUUGCUGGAGACGACGAAUUAAUAAAUGUCGUUGUCGGAUCUAUUGACGAGACAGCUGCUCUUCAUGGGAUAUGUUCUCUGUCUGAUCUCAGAAACAGAUUCAAAGUUGUACGGGAAGAAAUUAGGCGUGCAUCCCUUGUUCCUGAAAAUGGGGGUGUGUUUGCUCACGCAUUGUCCCUUCUGCUAAGUAAGUUUAUGUUUCGUAAAAACGGUCUUGUACCUGGAAACGAUAUAGAGGCAAUACUUGCGCGUGUAGGUUAUUAUCUUGGAGAAGGUGAUUUAGAUAGCGCGGCGAGAGAGUUGAAUCAGUUGACAGGAUGGUCGAAAGUUUUAGCGAACGACUGGAUCGUGGCAGCGAGGAGUCAUCUUGAAGUUAAACAGGCGCUUCAGGUAAUCGAAACCCAGGCAACAUUAUCCAGUUUAUCAGUCCUUGUCUCAGAAUGGCGUUCUCGGUUUUAUUUUUCGAUACUUCCUUCCGUAGAACUGUGUUCGUCCAAACUACGCAACGUAAACUUGGAUAACCCAACGCAGAAUCCGAUCGUCAUUAACGACGAUAACAUUGAAGGGGUUAAAGUGCAGCGGGACGCAAACGGAGACGUAAAGAUGGAAGAGAUGUCCAACAGCUCUGACAGUGAAUAUACGAAGUAUUGGAUUGAUUGGUUUCUCUCCGCAAAGGGAAACGAGUAUUUUUGUGAAGUGGAUGAAGAAUACAUACUUGAUCGAUUCAAUCUGACUGGAUUAAAUACAGAGGUUCAGCACUAUGUUCAAGAUCUUGAUAUGAUAACCGAUUCUCUGGAGGAGGAGUUGGAUGAUGAAAUGCGUGAAUUAGUAGAGAAAUCAGCACGACACUUGUACGGACUUAUACACGCACGCUUUAUAAUUACUGGACGUGGUUUAUCGAAAAUGUUGGAAAAAUACAAAAAGGCCGAAUUUGGUCGUUGCCCUCGAGUUCUGUGUCAAGGCCAACCUCUACUUCCUGUCGGCCUAUCCGAUCAGCCAUACGCGAAUCCAGUGAAGUUGUAUUGUCCACGAUGUGAGGAUAUUUAUAAUCCAAAGUCGACACGGUAUACGAGUAUUGACGGAGCUUACUACGGGUCUACUUUUCCGCAUAUGUUGUUUCAAGCAUAUCCACAUCUAUUGCCUCCGAAAAAUAAUGAUCGAUAUGUACCAAAGAUAUUUGGUUUUUCUAUCCAUAGUAUUGCCAAACAACAUCGGUGGCAGGAUCGCAAGCGGAACGAGCUGCAGAGAAAGCUUACGGCUGGUAGCAAUAGCAAUAAUAAUACUAAUGAGAGCCGUAGUUAG